AUGGGUUCUGGUUCCCCUCCAGCCUCGAAGCCGUCAGCUAUUCCGUCCCACAUGUUGAAUGGAAGCUCUCCCCUGCAGCGGUCCACCGGUAACCGUGAUGAGCGUGAGCGUGAGAGCCUCAAUUCUUCCAUCCGUUCCUCUUUUGAACCCCGAGUUCCCCUGCAAUUUGCACCCGAGACUGUAGCUGCCGUCCCCACCGAGUCCACUUCCGCUGCAUCGGUGCCAAUUCGCAACGUGGUGCCAGUCCGACCUACUUUGAAUGACCCUCCCCGCGACCCCCGGGAUGAAGGCGGCCCGUUAACCCCUCCGGCCACCGUCAGCCGCCCUGCCAGCCCCUACACAAUGAACCCGCCCAUCGACUUUGAUGGCCUUAGCUGGCCUUGCCCCGGAACUAGACAGCGGCUGGAGUCGACCCCGGAGGAGACCGACCAACGAAUUGAGAAGCUGUCCGGAGCUAUCCGGACCAUUCUUGAAUGUAUCGGAGAGGAUCCCGAGAGAGAAGGUCUUCGCGAGACCCCAGAGAGAUAUGCCAAGGCCAUGCUCUACUUCACCAAGGGCUAUGAGGAGAACGUUCGGGACCUGGUCAACGGCGCCGUCUUCCACGAGGACCACGACGAGUUGGUUAUUGUCAAGGAUAUCGACGUUUUCUCGCUUUGCGAACACCACAUGGUUCCCUUCACUGGAAAGAUGCACAUUGGAUAUAUCCCUGACCGUCGUGUCCUUGGCCUGUCCAAGCUGGCUCGUCUGGCAGAGAUGUUCUCCCGCAGACUUCAAGUCCAGGAGCGCUUGACAAAGCAAGUUGCCCUUGCCAUUUCGGAAGUCCUCAAGCCUCGUGGUGUAGGUGUCGUCAUGGAGUCUUCUCACCUUUGCAUGGUCAUGCGUGGCGUGCAGAAGGUCAGCAGCACCACGACUACCAGCUGCAUGCUUGGAUGCAUGCGGUCCAGCGCUAAGACACGAGAGGAGUUCUUGACGCUCCUCAACCGCAGAUAA